AGCUCCAUUAACUUAAUAUCACCACGUAUUUCUGUGGCAAUUCCGAGUAAUAGAACGUCAUCCGUGUCCCAGAGCUCAUCGCACGCUCGCCCACACACAAAGUAACUCGCCACCCCACGCCCCUCAUUGGAAUGGCUUUCCCUAGUCUGCAGCCACUCACCCCGCCUGCUGUGCUGUAAUCUCGCGAGAAAGGCCGAGGUUUCCGGUGUUGUGAAUGUCUCCCAGCCGCGCAUCAUGGCGGUCAGCAUCCGCGCCCGCUCCCUCCGGCACCUCAGGCUAAGAGGUCGGAAUGACAGCGGGGAGGAGAACGUUCCAUUAGACCUCAGUAGAGAACCAAGCGAUAAUUUGAGAGAGAUUCUACAAAAUGUGGCCAAACUGCAUGGAGUCUCUAACAUGCGAAAGCUGGGCCACCUGAACAAUUUUAUUAAGCUUCUAUGCAACGUUGGCCACAAUGAAGAAAAAUUAGGUUUUAUGUAUGAAGAUAUUAUUAUAUGUUUGCGAUUAGCUUUGUUAAAUGAAGCAAAAGAAGUGCGAGCAGCUGGUCUCAGGGCUCUUCGAUAUCUUAUCAGAGAUUCCAGUAUUUUACAAAAGGUGCUAACAUUGAAAGUUGAUUACUUAAUAGCCAGGUGCAUAGAUAUACAGCAAAGUAAUGAAGUUGAGAGGACGCAAGCACUUCGGCUAGUCAGAAAGAUGAUUACUGUGAAUGCUUCCUUAUUUCCUAGCUCCAUAACCAAUACCUUAAUAGCAGUUGGAAAUGAUGGCCUUCAGGAGAGGGACAGGAUGGUCCGAGCCUGCAUUGCCAUAUUAUGUGAACUAGCACUUCUGAACCCAGAAGUGGUGGCACUUAGAGGUGGACUGAGCACUAUCCUGAAAAAUGUGAUUGACUGCCAGCUGAGUCGGAUAAACGAGGCUCUCAUCACCACCGUUCUGCACCUUCUGAAUCACCCAGACACGCGGCAGUACGUGCGCGCUGAUAUAGAAUUAGAGCAAAUUCUAGCACCAUACACAGAUUUUCACUACAGACACAAUCCAGACACUGCUGAAGGACAGCUUAAAGAGGACAGAGAAGCCCGAUUCCAAGCAAGCAAACUGGGAAUUGUAGCAGCAUUCCGUUCAUGGGCAGGUAUUAUUAGCUUGUGCAAGCCUGGCAACUCUGGGAUCCAGUCUCUAAUUGGAGUUCUUUGUAUACCAAACAUGGAGAUACGGCGAGGUCUACUUGAGGUACUUUAUGAUAUUUUUCGCCUCCCUCUACCAGUUGUGACAAAGGAAUUUACAGAAGCUCUUUUGAGUGUUGAUCCAAGUAGGUUUCAGGAUUCUUGGAGACUUUCUGAUGGUUUUGUGGCAGCAGAAGCCAAAACGAUUCUUCCGCACAGAGCACGUUCCAGACCUGAUCUCAUGGACAACUAUUUGGCGCUGGUCUUAUCCGCUUUUAUUACAAAUGGUCUAUUAGAGGGAUUAGUUGAAGUCAUAACAAGCAGCGAUGAUGAUGUGUCCGUCAGAGCAACAAUCAUCCUUGGGGAACUCUUGCACAUAGCGAAUACAAUCCUUCCUCAUUCCCACAGUCAUCACUUGCACUGUUUACCAACGCUAAUGAACCUGGCUGCCUCUUUUGACAUCCCGAAGGAGAAGAGACUAUGGGCCAGUGCAGCUUUAAAUUGCUUAAAGCGCUUCCAUGAAAUGAAGAAACGAGGGCCUAAACCUUACAGCCUCUACUUGGAUCAUAUUGUCCAGAAAGCAGUCACGACCCACCACAAAAAGGAUCAGCAUCAACGUCUGCAGAAAGAUAUAUUUAUUCUGAAGGACUCUGAAGAGGCGCUGGUGAUGAACCUGAAAGACUGCCAAGUUCUAAAUCAUAAAGAAAACCUUGAUUGGAAUUGGAAUCUCAUAGGGACCAUAUUGAAGUGGCCAAAUGUGAAUUUAAGGAAUUGCAAAGAUGAGCAGCUGCACAGGUUUGUUCGGCGACUACUGUAUUUUUACAAGCCUAGCAGCAAGCUCUAUGCCAAUUUAGAUCUGGACUAUAGCAAGGCUAAACAGCUGACUGUCGUGGGCUGCCAGUUCACAGAGUUCCUUCUGGAAUCCGAAGAAGAUGGGCAAAGUUACCUUGAAGACCUGGUGAAAGACAUUGUGCUCUGGUUAAGCUUGUCAUCAGGAAUGAAAUCAGAUCGAAGCUUGCAGAACAAUGGCCUCCUAAACACACUCAGCCAGCACUACUUUCUGUUUAUUGGUACUCUAUCCUGCCACCCACAUGGCGUCAAAAUGCUGGAGAAAUGCAAUGUAUUUCAGUGUCUUUUGAAUCUUUGCUCCCUGAAAAACCAAGAUCACUUGUUAAAGUUAGCCAUCUCCUGCCUGGAUUAUAGCCGAGAUGGGCUGGCCAGAGUCAUUCUUUCCAAAACCCUGACUGCUUCUACUGAUAGCUGCCGGCUGUAUGCCACCAAGCACUUGCGAGUCCUUCUGAGAGCCAACGUUGAGUUUUUCAGUAACUGGGGCAUUGAGCUACUGGUGACCCAGCUGCAUGAUAAAAGCAAAAAUAUAUCUUCUGAAGCUGUGGACAUCUUGGAUGAGGCCUGUGAAGACAAGGCCAAUCUCCAUGCACUGAUCCAAAUGAAACCGGCACUCUCUCAUCUCGGGGACAAGGGGCUUCUCCUUCUCCUUAGAUUCAUGUCAAUUCCAAAAGGCUUCUCUUAUUUAAAUGAGAGAGGUUAUGUGACCAAGCAGCUGGAAAAAUGGCAAAAGGAAUACAAUUUAAAAUAUGUAGAUCUGAUUGAGGAGCAGUUAAACGAAGCUCUCACCACUUAUCGCAAGCCAGUUGAUGGUGACAACUAUGUUCGGCGUAGCAAUCAAAGACAGCAGCGGCCCCAUGUUUAUUUACCUGUGCAUUUGUAUGGGCAGCUGGUGUACCAUAAGACUGGUUGUCAUCUGCUGGAAGUUCAGAAUGUUGUCCCAGAUCUGAGCUACACUGUCCGAUCGCCAUCAUUAGACAAAUGGGAUGGAAUCAAGCAGCUGAAAGCAGCCCUUUGGGCACUGGGUAACAUUGGGUCUUCGAACUGGGGACUUAAUUUACUUCAAGAGGAGAAUGUGAUCCCUGAUAUUGUAUCUCUGGCUCAGCAUUGUGACGUUCUCUCAAUAAGAGGGACCUGCGCGUAUGUCCUUGGCCUGCUCAGCAGAACAAAGCAAGGUUGCGAUACCCUAAAGCAGCAUAACUGGGAUGCCGUAAGGCACAGUCGCAGGCAUCUUUGGCCAGUGGUCCCUGAUGAUAUGGAGCAGCUGUGCAAUGAGCUUUCUUCUAUACCAAGCACGCUUAGCUUGAACUCUGAGUCGACCAGUUCUCGGCAUAAUAGCGAGAGUGAACCUGCCCUUCCCAGUAUGUUCAUCAUCGAGGACGAACGAUUUGCAAACUCAUCGACAAACUCAUUUUUUUUCAACGAGGAGCCCGAGCAAAUGUUUUACGAUAAACCCCUGAAGGACAAAGACCGCAGUCCAUUCACCCUCCUCGCUCAGAGUAAGUUCGUGAAGAAUCGUUUUUUAAAUUCGCUGACCCUUCCAAGUAAGAAAAUUCGGAGCAGUAGCAGCAGCAGCAGCAGCGACCCUAAAGGGAAUAAGCUCCUUACAGAAAGCAAACAGGGCUUGCGAAGGAACAGAACCAUCACAGAUCCUUGCAGUGAUGUGGACUAUAACUCUAUGGACAGCUUAGGCUCGGUCUUCAAAAUUCCGAAAGUAAACCCUCGCCUGGAGAUAUCUUCUGUCAACAGAAACACAGAUGACACUGGCAGCACCCCCAGUUUUACAGAAAAUGACCUAAAGCUUCCAAAAUAUCUGGGAAACGAAAUUCACAGAGACCAUACAAGCAGAGAAAGACUAAUAGGCGAUGGUUCUACCAACACCCACUUUAAGAGCCGCAGCCUGAGUUUCAAUACGGACACCACAACGAGCGGUAUAAGCUCAAUGAGCUCAAGUCCUUCCAGAGAGACUGUGGGAAUAGACACUACAACCCUUGAUACUGACUGUGGGAGUUUAAGUACAGUAGUAAGCACCAAAACUGUUAGGCCAAGCCACCCAACCAUACUGCACCUCCCUCUUUCAAAAUCGAACUCUGUGUCUCUGGUACCUCCCGGCUCCGCCCAUACACUUCCUAGAAGAGCACAAUCCCUUAAGGCACCUUCAAUUGCUGCCAUAAAGAAUUUAGCAGAUUAUAACUUUAGCUACACGAGUUCUCGGGACGCUUUUGGCUACGCAACGUUAAAGCGGAUUCAGCAGCAGCGGAUGCAUUCUUCACUGUCGCACUCUGAAGCCUUAGCUUCUCCUGCCAAAGAUGUUCUUUUCACUGAUACGAUAACCAUGAAGACAGGGAGCUUGGACUCUAGACUAACGUCCAGCAGGUUUAUGAAAGCCUUAAGUUAUGCCUCGUUAGACAAGGAGGAUUUAUUAAGCCCUAUUAACCAGAAUACACUUCAGCGAUCUUCGUCGGUACGCUCCAUGAUAUCGAAUGCAGCUUACGGCAGUUCAGAUGAUUAUAUAGGACUCGCUCUGCCUAUGGACAUCAACGACAUGUUCCAGGUGAAGGAAACUCCUUAUUUUCAGAAGACUGUGCCCCCCAGUGAAGAGCGAGCAGCUAAAUUGUUUGCACCGGAAGUAGGAGGUAUUCAAGGAUCUGGGGUGAGGAGUCCAUACCAGGCGUUGCGGCAGCAGUUCAGCAUUACAGAGAUAAUGAACUCGAGUCGCUCAGAUGCCUCCCAGUUUCUGGAGAAUACAGAAGACACGGGGCUGCAGGAGCACACGGAUGACAACUGCCUUUACUGUGUUGGGAUUCAGUUAAUGGGCUACAACCAUUCUAAUCAGUUAAAUGAAUAUAGUCGAUUAGACUUUCCUGACAUUCCACAUUCUGACUGGUGCGCCCAUACUAUCCCCAAUCACUUAGAGGUGGUAUCCCAUCCUUCCAAGUAUUCUGGGAUAUCAGGGUGUAGUGAUGCUGUGUCCCAGGGCUCGGCAAGCAGUGACAAAAGCACAGAGUUAGUUCUAGGUGGGAAAUCGAUUCCUGAAGAUACACCUGUAUGCAGAAUCCUGCUAAGGAAAGAGGUCUUAAGGCUUGUCAUUAACCUGAGCAGCUCAGUAGGAACAAAAGGCCAUGAAACUGGGCUCUUAACGAUUAAGGAGAAGUUUCCUCAAGCAUUUGAUGACAUUUGCCUCUAUUCUGAGGUUUCCCACUUAUUAGCACAUUGCACAUUUCGACUCCCUUCCCGGAGAUUUAUUCAGGAGCUCUUUCAAGAUGUUCAGUUUCAGAUUAUGCAUGAAGAGGCCGAGGCUCUCCUAGCGGUGCCACCAAAGCCCAUGGUAAUAAGUACGGAACCGGAAUCCUGACCUUCAGUCGUCUCGGAAGACUGCAAAUGACUUUGUCUGAUUAAGCAGACGGACAGACGGAGGAGCACGUCCUGUUAUCCUGCUCCGGUGCAAACUGGUACCUGCCAGGGGAAGGAAGAGCCCGAACACCGACGCACCCUGCUUCUCCCUGGCAAUUUCUGGGGGGACCCUAAUAGUCAGUAUCUAUGUAUGCAAGAGCCAAGCACUGAAACGCCUGCACCGCUCACCUGUAAAUAACCAUGCGGAAAUCUCUCGGACAGGAAAUGCCGACUCCUGCGCUGUUCUUGGCGAGCAACGCAAUGCCUUCUCUACGGACAGAUGGGUACUUCCCUGCAUGUCCCUUCCAGUCAGCGGAGACUUGCCAUGUUGUAUAGAGGCAGCUCAGGGACAAAGGCCCUGUGAUGUAUUUUCAAAACACUACUUGGAAAUAAUGUAUUUCUUCUUGUUUUUAUAGCACCGGCUAAGGCACCUCCUCCCUUUCCUAUAACCUUUCCAUUGCCACUGCAUUUUCGGACUCCUCGCCCUAAACCUAUUUUAUUGCCAUGUCAUGCAUUGUGUGCUCUUGUUUUGGAACCAACACUGAUCCUUCUCUGGUUAAGGAAACUAACGUAGCUCUCCUUAUUCAUCACUAGGCAAUAUCUGACACAGUGCCAUUUUGUGGCCAGUCUAGAAGCUUGCAGCAGCCAUAAUACAUUUCAGUGCUACGGCAUGGCUCUCGUGGCAAUCAGGCUAGAAGGUAAUUUUGCACAUUCCAUGAUAAAAGACAAUCUCAACAUUUAUUAAUUAGACAAAUUAAUAUGAUUUAGGAUUGCUGUGAACAUACGGAGCUACCCGAACCUCCCUCCCUCUUCCUAUUAAAGCAAGUACUUUUUAUUUUUCUUUAAUUAUUUGCACAAGACUGGUUUGUAUGUACAGGAGAGGACGAUGGCUUCAACACAGGCACUUUUUUUUUGCUUUUUAAAAACAUAUCUAUCUAAAAUCGGAUGGAGAUGUUCAGGGGGGGGGGGGGGGGGGGGGGGGAUUUUUUUUGUAUGUUUGUUUGCUGCCGGAAACUCUGCCUUCAAUGCGUUGCGGUGCGAUGGCGAUGGAGGGCUUUCUAGCAGCAAAAGGACGCAGAUAUGCAAAUAUGUAUAUAUACAGCAUGAUCACCUUCACUACAUGAGUAUGUAAUUAACCUUUAAACUGUUGACCAGCUUGAGCAUAUAUAUGUGUGUGUGUAUGUGUAUAUAUAUCAUUCAGCUGGACUGUUGGAACCUGUGCAAAUAUUCAGUGAGCUCUUAGCUGAAAGGUGUCAGUCUCUCUCUCACAAGAUAUGUCCUACUUACCUGCAGGGGGUUUAGUCUUGUAGGGACUACAGAAUGCCCUUAAUCUCUCUUAUGAUAUAUAUAAUCAUAUCCCCAGCUGUCCAGUUUCUUCACUGGAAGUCAUAAUAGACAGGGGCACCGAUUACCUGCAAAUGGGGCGGAGCUUGGUCCUGUUGCCAAGUGAGCCUUGCGCUUAGGACUUUUAUAAAGGACAGUGUCCUUACCGUGGGGUAUAGACAAAAGAGUAAAUGCCAAGGCACAAUGAAUUUAAAGCACUUUGGCAGUAGGGUUUCCUAAUGGUGUUUUAUAUCAGUAAUCUAUAUAAACUAUUCGUCAUGUUCUCCUUCCCUUCUGGAACCUGAAUGCAAUUGGCUAUUGUAUUUAUAGAAACUUAUCUUUGACUCCCAUAAGUGGGGAACUUGUAUUGUAGCUAAUGUUUUCCACAGUAAGCCUUUUUCCUACUCUAUUAAAUGUGUAAUAGAUUCAUGUAUCAGGCCUGGACUGGCAAUCUGUGGGUCUGGCAAAUGCCAGAGGGGCUGCUGUAAGGUGCCAUAGUCACUAUUUAUUGGGCUGGUGGGGGGCUGGUUGGGCCCCUGUGUACUUGAUAUGCCAGGGGCUAUUUUGACCCCCAGUCUGGGCCUGUUUAUCACAUACUAGGGGUGCGCUGAAUCCAGGAAUUGCUUUGGAUUGGAUCCCAGUACUUUUUGCGAGAGUCUGAUUUGCCAUUGAAGCCAACUAGCGUAUCUGCAAUAUUUUGGCAAAAAUGGUAGCAUUUCCCACAGCUGCCAUUACUUAAUUGUAUUGAAAACACAUAGAAAAUGGCAUUUUGUAACAUUUGCUGCCUUUUUCCUGCAAUGAUUUUGUGUGUCAUGAACUUCUUUGUGAUUUUCAAUUAAUAUUAAUAAUUUUAUUUAAAUCCCACCUUCAUUCCUUGGGAUGGGGGGACCCUGCCAGUUGUUUCUCAUCUCUCUGAUAUGAGAGAUCUGUUUCGCAUUCACACUCAUUCACCCAAUCAGAACUCCCUGCUCCCCUUACACGGCUGCUGGUUCUAGGAGGAGUCGGAGGCGCCAGUUCCUUCUGUUGCAGCCAUAUUGUAUAGUAUUUCUGUGGCGAUCCAUUGCAUUCCAAGUUAUUCCACUUCUUUCUGGUUUUAUGGAAAUCUGUUUUACAGCAAUUCCUGUUGGCCGAGGCUUGGGAACCGCUGCUAAGUUAUUAACAUGGACAUGAGCUAGGACCGACUCAUUUUGGAAAUAUUUCAGCACUAACUGUAGAUUAAAGGGCAAGUAAUAGCCCAUUUUAUAUAGGCAUAAAACCUGAAGCAGUUGUAAAUAGCUUAUCUGCUAUAGAAAGUAGAGACCCUACAGGACCUUAUAGGAUGGUCUCAGCAGCUACAAAGAAGCUUUUUUAUAGAAAUGGUAUGAGGCUAAAGUCAGACUGACCAUUUAACCACAGUUAGAACACUCCUUCUGUCUGUCAUUCUUUAAUAUUUUAAAGCUUCCCGGGUGUUGGGAUAAGCCCACAGCAGAAGUGGGGUUGCCCAACCCAUAGGCUAUUUAGGGCGCGAUGUGAGGGCUAUGGCAGUUGUGUUCUACGGAUGCACCGAAUCCCUUUCGGAUUUGGCUGAACCCCCAAAUCAAUUCGGCUGAACACCGACCCAAAUCCUAAUUAGCACAUGCUAAUUAGGUGUUGGAAGGGUUAAAUGUCGCAGUGCCACAUGAGAAAAAUUUCAACUUCUGUGUUUACGUGACAGAAAGUCACAUGAUUUUUACAAUUUUGGUUUGGCCAAGUCUGAAUCCUGCGGAAAAAGGCAGAAUCUUGGCUGAAUACUGACCCGAAUUCUGCAUUUGGGGCAUCCCUAGUUUCCCUUAGAUACUCCUGGAAACCCAGAUUUCAUAUAACCCUGUUUUCAUAUAACCGUCACGUUAUUAUAAGGGGGGCCCUGGCCAAAUGUUGGCUCUCGAAGUGGGGCCUGAACUGGGAAAGCUAGAUCGCUUCUAGGGAACCACUGUGCCGCAACCUCUCGGGGUGGCAAGCAGCCUUUCACUGCCAGAUGCUCUAGAACGUAUUUGUAAGUGGAGGGCUGCCUUUAACUUCUAUGAGGGCUUCAGGCACGGCAUUAGCCAUAGACUCAUAUGGCUGAGAAGAGUUUUUAUCAGCCGCUGUUUCACCAGAUGUCAAUGGCAGCCCAAAUGGCCAUUCUGACUGUAGCCUUACAGCUACUGGGGCAAACUUAAUGUUUCUCUGCAACACAGAAGUAACCCAUAAUUAAACAUCAUGAAACCCUUUCACUUAUUGGUGUUACUGGCUCAUUGCACAGUCCUGGCUGGGACAAGCUGGCAAUGCAGUUAGCCACUGGUAAAUACUGUAAUGAUAUUUCAGUUCCUUCCUUCCUGAUUGGACUAAUGCAGUGAUGGUUAAGUGUAGGGUUUGCUGUCCCUUUUGUAAACUUCCCAAGCAAUAACCAUUCUGUGUCCAUGUGGUAAAAAUGGCAUCCAGUGUCUCUCUGAUUGGCCAGUAAUGCCUCUAGCAAUGUUUGUCAUAUCUCUGCACCCUGCAUUCAUGUAACUGCCAGGCACACACAGGCCGUGCUUGGGUAAUUGGCAUGAUUACAGUAAAAUGGACCAAUCUUCCCAUUUGCUAGUGAGCCCCACAGCAUAGGAUUUGAUAGAUAAUGGCACCCUAUUAGGAUACAGAGAUGGGCAGCAACUCCCUCGUGCUUGUAUGCAUAGCUGCUGUUAGGGGUGAGGGCCUGCCAUUUGCAUAUAGUAGGGCCCCAGAGCAGCAAGUGUAGGAAGGGCAGAGGGUCAGUUGGGGUAGUUACGGUACCACAUACAUUACAUUAUUGUUGCCCAGCCUGUAAAUGUUAAUGAGCAACCUUUAGCACCCCAUGAUGUUCCUAUAGGCUGUAAGGUAGUGUAUGUUUUAGUCCAAAAAUGGCUGAAGGGAAAGGUAGUCUAGAUUGUUCCAUAUCUACUAAAGAGAGACUAUCCAACCCACUUUCCUCUUAGCCAUUUUUAGACUAAAACAUACACUGCCUUACAGCCUAUAGGAACAUUGGGAGUCUGCCUGGGAUCCAGCUGUUCUGACUGCUGAAGGAAAGAUCAUUGUCCUGUAUGUAGUCUGCUUCGGUUACUCAUUCAGUGCCUCUAAUGCAUCCUUUCGGUCAUCAGCACCAUGGUAAAUUUACUAUAGGGGUAAUCAGGUAAAGGCAUUGCCCAUCAACGCAGAGACCCACCUUCACUCUGAUCAUAUAUACUUACCAGGCCCAGCCAUUGUUCCCCAGGGUACGGCCUUCAUUCUGAUCAUUUUAACUUACCAGGCCCAGCCAUUGUUCCCCAGGGUACCGCCUUCAUUCUGAUCAUCUAUACUUACCAGGCCCAGCCACUGUUCCCCAGGGUACGGCCUUCAUUCUGAUCAUCUAUACUUACCAGGCCCAGCCACUGUUCCCCAGGGUACGGCCUUCAUUCUGAUCAUCUAUACUUACCAGGCCCAGCCACUGUUCCCCAGGGUACCGCCUUCAUUCUGAUCAUCUAUACUUACCAGGCCCAGCCAUUGUUCCCCAGGGUACUGCCUUCAUUCUGAUCAUUUAUACUUACCAGGCCCAGCCACUGUUCCCCAGGGUACGGCCUUCAUUCUGAUCAUUUAUACUUACCAGGCCCAGCCACUGUUCCCCAGGGUACGGCCUUCAUUCUGAUCAUCUAUACUUACCAGGCCCAGCCACUGUUCCCCAGGGUACCGCCUUCAUUCUGAUCAUCUAUACUUACCAGGCCCAGCCAUUGUUCCCCAGGGUACUGCCUUCAUUCUGAUCAUUUAUACUUACCAGGCCCAGCCACUGUUCCCCAGGGUACGGCCUUCAUUCUGAUCAUCUAUACUUACCAGGCCCAGCCAUUGUUCCCCAGGGUACGGCCUUCAUUCUGAUCAUUUAUACUUACCAGGCCCAGCCAUUGUUCCCCAGGGUACUGCCUUCAUUCUAAUCAUUUAUACUUACCAGGCCCAGCCACUGUUCCCCAGGGUACUGCCUUCAUUCUGAUCAUUUAUACUUACCAGGCCCAGCCACUGUUCCCCAGGGUACUGCCUUCAUUCUGAUCAUCUAUACUUACCAGGCCCAGCCAUUGUUCCCCAGGGUACUGCCUUCAUUCUGAUCAUCUAUACUUACCAGGCCCAGCCACUGUUCCCCAGGGUACCGCCUUCAUUCUGAUCAUUUAUACUUACCAGGCCCAGCCAUUGUUCCCCAGGGUACUGCCUUCAUUCUGAUCAUCUAUACUUACCAGGCCCAGCCACUGUUCCCCAGGGUACCGCCUUCAUUCUGAUCAUUUAUACUUACCAGGCCCAGCCACUGUUCCCCAGGGUACCCUCAUGGUAUGGCUGAAGUAAGGAAUGAGACUUUAUAAGGGCACCUGUCUAUCAAUAUACAAUAAGCAGCACUUUAUCUGCUUACCAACCAAGGUUUGUUUGUAACACAUGUUUUGCCCAAUAUAUGUACUGAUCACAUCUGCAAGCAACAGCAAUGCAUAGAAUUAUCCAGCUGUACUUGGCUCUUCCCUUCUUGCAUCUAUUCCUUUAUGGUAAUGGCGCCCAAAGAGGUACUUUCUACCCAUCUACCCAAGUUCCUCCUUUCCAUUUAGUUCUCAGCGCAACUCUCAGCGGCAAUGCCAAGCUCAAGAUGCAAUUGUUGGUACGUGCCAUGCGCAAUCGCUGUAUUUAUCACUUUAUACUUUCCCUUUGGACGGCGGCCACAUUGUACCCAGUUUCUAGUAUUAAGUUCUCAGUCAGAGCUCACUACUUUAUGUGUGUAUUGGAACAGUGACAAGUCAUUGUGUAGCUCUAAGAUAUGCAAUCUACAGCCUCCAUCGGCUGCCAUUUAAUAGGGGCUAACUUGCCAGUGUCCCAGAGACUUUAGGGCAAGAUGGUGGCUGUGUGCUCAACCAGCAGACUCCAUUCAGCUGUUGUCUAUCAUGAGCACAGAUCUUCCUCUCCUUCCUACUUUCUGGAUACUCAAUGGAUAUAAUCUUGCUGACUUUCCCCCCGAUAUAUAACGGCACCCUCUUAUGGUCAGGUGUUAAUGGUUUUUGUGCUGCUGUUUACAAAGGAUUCUUCUAAAUAUAGGAGCUUCUUUCUAGGAUAUUCUGUGCCCAUCAUGCCCUGUGAGAGCCAACUGACUACCCUAGAGCAGGGAUCCCCAACCAGUGGCUCAGGGGCAACAUGUUGCUCCCCAACCCCUUGGAUGUUGCUCUCAGUGCCCCCAAACCAGGGAGUUAUUUUUGAAUUCCUGACUUAGUGGCAAGUUUUGGUUGAAUAAAAACCUUAUGUAAUGCCAAGCAGAGCCUCCUGUAGGCCGCCAGUCCACAUAGAGCUACCAAGCAGCCAAUCAUAGUGCUUAUUUGGCACCCCAGGUACAUUUUUCACACUCGUGUUGCUCCCAAACAUUUUACAUUUACAUUUGAACCCAUAUCCUUGCCUUUAAUCUGCAUACUCCUAGUAAGUGAGGACACAUUUUGUGAAUGAAGGUGACUAUAUUGCAACCAUUUCAGAUGGUCUUUUUGAAGUGGUGUGAAGUAGAACUAAAGAAAAUGUGACUGCUUAGUAACCAUCUCAUAGCUGUCUCUCUCGCUCUCACUGGGGGGGUUUCUUUAGUAAUACGCUGCUACACUUUUGGAGGAUAUACUAUUUGUAGGUCACUGCACAGACAUGAACUUCUCAUUUAUAUUGUAUAACUGUAAUAUAGAAAGGAAAACGAAAUACUAUUUAUAUAUUUUCCGUAAGAAUAUUUCAUUGAGCUGUGUAUAAUUUAAAGGAAAAGAAGAGGCUUGUUCCAAAUGUUUCGCCCAUCGUUUUUUUUUUUUUAUUAUUUUCUCCUUGUAUAGUGUGUACAGUUACUGUGGAAGGGCAUUGGAGCCUUCUCAAGCAUAAUCUGACGAAAGGGAUAUAUUGUUAAUAAAAUAUACCAAAAAUUCUCA